AUGGCCACGGCUUCCUUUGUCGACGAUCUCACCGCGAAAGCAGCAGUGGACCACCCGGAGCAGGUCAUCGCGAAGGCCCAACGGCUUAUCGAGAUCCUUCACAACCGGAUUGGCCCGACAGGGCUCAAGGUCAAUUUCGGCAAGUCGUUUGACAUCCAGCAUGAGUUUGAGAGGGCAGCCGAGUCCUUUCCUGUCUCUGUUUGGGUGAUCAGCCUUGACGCGGCUAACGACCCCAUCCGCGGUGAUGUUUCGAGGCCUGAGACGACCCGUUUUUGGCAUCGCGCCAUGGCUGGCGGCAAGGAGGUCGAGCCGGACUUCAUGGCCUUCUGGGAGCCCCUGGAUCCGUACGUCACCCGAGUCAUGGGCAACGACUUUGCUCGUGAACUCUCUAGCCCAGAGCCCUACAGCAGCCCGGACUGGGGCAUGCAUUGCCCUGACUCCGAGUUGUUCGCCGAGUACUUGGACCUUGCGAAGAAGUGUGGCUGGGAUGACCUCGUCAACACGGGCGCACUGACAGUUGGACGGGAAGAUUGCUUGGUGGUCGUUGAUAUGCAAAACGACUUCAUUCCAGUCGACGAGAAGAACCCGAAAGGUGGUGCGUUCGGCGUCGCGGAGGGCGGCAAGAUCGUGCACACAGUGGUGAAGUUGAUGGAGUACUUCGCGGCGAGUGGCGCCCUCGUGGUGGCCACCAGGGACUACCACCCAGUGGACCAUUGCUCGUUCAUCCCAGAGGGUGGCCCCUUCCCGGCACACUGCGUGCAGGGCACCGAGGGCUCCAAGUUCUACCCUGACAUUGCAUUGUGCAUGGCGAACUUGAAGACAGCUGGGCGCCGUGCAGAGGUCGUGUUCAAAGGUUUCCACGAGGACAUCGAUUCCUUCGGCAGCUUGGAGUACCCAGAGAGCUACGCCGAAAAGCGCGUCACCAGCAGAAAGAGGCCAGAGCGGCUCUACGGCUGUUCCUCGCUCUGUUCUUGGACUGGGUGUGCGUCGCUCAAGUGCUCGAACCUUGCCAACGAUAUCGACGCCCCUCCAGACGUGCUCGCGGUCCACGGCAGAGUCGGCCUGUCCGAGAUGCUUAAGACAGGGGGCACGAAGCGCAUCUUCGCUUGUGGCCUCGCCCUGGAUUUCUGUGUCCUCGACACAUGCCUGAACGCCAUGUCGUGCAUCCCCAGCGUCGCGGAGGUCUCCCUGCUCAUGGACGCCUCCCGGGCCGCGCACAUCCCUGGCCUGGGCAAGGUGGGCAGCGGCUUCCUGUCGCCCUUGGAGGACGUCGGCGACAAGCUCCGCAGCAGCAAGGUCGUGGUGAGGCCGUGCUCGACGAUACUCCCGCGGGACUUCAUGGUGCAGUCGUCGUCGCUCCUGCGACAGGAGAUGAUCGGCAGGGUCUUCCCCGAGCAGCUGGGCCCUUUUGCCUUCAUCCGAGUCACGGGCCUAGGGCUGUCCCUGGACAGGGGGAAGGAAGUCUGGACGGCCAGCCGGGAUUGUCCCGAGGUCGAGUCCUUGCGAAAGCACCACGUCGAGCCGUCGGGAAGCAUCUCGCCGGUCUUUAAGCUGACGCUCAGCGCCAAGAGCUUGGAGGCGAUCGGCGUCCCCCGGAGCGCGGCCCAGUUCGCGUGGGCCUACUCGACGGCCAUGGGCUCCUUCGAUGAGCAGUCCCGUGCCUACUUCGCCAUCACGACGCCAGAGUCGGCCUUCUUUGUCUUCGGCGGUUUCGUCUACAUGGACGCCGCCGGCGAGGUGGUGGCCGUGAUGAGCCUUUCGGCGGGCAGCGGCCUGGGCUUCGGGCAGCGAGAGCAGCUCCAGCCCGAGAUCUUGCCGGCGCUCCGGGGCCGGUGGCAGCCAGUGACGGUCCCCGACAUGGUGAGGAGGGGGGCGCGGAAGUACGCUUGGAUCCCGCCCAACGAGGAGGUCUGCGCGGCCGCGGGCAAGUGGAAGGCUCCACCGUACGGUUGCUUCGCAUACAUCUUCCACGACGACGAGGGUGCGGAGGACGAGAGGGAUUGCUACUUCCCGGUGGCGGAGAUGUCCACCCAGGGCGAGGUCCGAAGCCUCAACAGCAAGAUCAAGAGGGACACACCAGCAGCAGACGGAGCGGGGCACUUCGAGGUGACCAAGGCGAGCCUCACGGUCUUCGAGUCCCCGGACUCGAGGAGGAGACUAGGCUUGCUGAGAAAGGGCGACCUCGUCUUUACCAAAGGCCCCGCAAAGGAGGUCGCUGGGUUCACGAUGCAGCCCAUCGCCCCCAGGGGUGCGGUGGAGAGCAAGUUCCUGCGGCCGGAUACGGAGCUGGACGUGCGAGGUCUGGAUUUUGUCCGCACGAGUUCCCCGGAAGUCCCGAGGGUUCGCACGAGGGCCACGGGCGCGGAGGCGCAGGUGGUCCGGCUCCGGGCGGAGCGGGAGCUGCUGCGGGCCGAAGCUGCGGCGCUCCGGGGGGCGCUGACGACUGCUCGGCGGCAGCAGCAGCUGCAGCCGCCAGCCGCCAGGGCGCCCGUGCAGCUGAUGCGGAGGUGCAGGAACCGCCUGGCGCGGGCGGCCAGGUCAGGCGAGCUCGCGAGGGUGCUGCUGCAGCUGCGCCCUGGGUGA